CAGUUAUAGUUCACAGGACGUAUGUGGACACCGCGCUUUGAACACAAAUACACAAUCGUACGCAAAAUUGAUGGAAACCUCACCACAAUAGGUCGUUGCAACAUCCUGCAGUUCUAAUAGUUCAUAUAACACUUAUGCAAAAGCCGCACGCAAAGUCGUAAUGCAUACUUUAUUAAUCAUACUGUUUACUGCUAAAAUAGCAUUAGCUCAAAUAAGUGGUGAAUUCUGGUGGUUAAAUGAUAGAGUGUCCAAAUUAAAAGGAAAGGAAGCUCCAUUACCCCAAUUUGAAGAUGUAAGUGAAUUCGACACUGAUGAAUCAGAUAAAAUUGUGUUCAGAGAUAAUUUUAACGACAGUUGGAAACCAGCAAUAGAGACGGUUAACUAUAAAAAUGAAACUAAAAAUGAAAAGUGGAAAAUAGACAGCAAUUUUCAACAUGAAAAUAAAAUAUUUUGGCCAAGUGAUGACAAGCUCAUUAAAAAUCUUAAGCUUAACAAAACAGAUCUCACAGUAGAGAUGGUUAAAUAUAAAAAUGAAACUAAAAACGAAAAGUGGAAAAUUGACGGCAAUUUUCAACAUGAAAACAAAAUAUUUUGGCCAAGUGAUAACAAGCUAAUAAAAAAUCUUAAGCUUAACAAAACAGAUCUCACAGUAAACAUGGUUAAAUAUAAAAAUGAAAGUAAAAACGAAAAGUGGAAAAUUGACAACAAUUUUCAAUAUGCAAAUAAAAUAUUUUGGCCAACUGAUGACAAACACAAUAAAAGACUUAAGGUUAAUAAAACAGAUCUUACAGUCAGUAAUGAAUCAAAAAUUAAAAGUGACGAUGACGAAUUUAAUUUUCAAUUCCCUGAAGAUGAUUCUACAUGGAAAAAUAUAAUAGAUGAAAAGAAAACAUCACUAGUUUUCAAACCAAAUAAGACACCUACUCUGAACAUAUUUCAAGACUAUAUAGAUAUUAAUACAUUUAAAAACAAAGUGCCUUACUCUGAAAACAUCUGUACUUAUAUGAAGAAAAAUGAAUGUUACCAAAGAAACGGUUUCGUUUAUAAACAAAAUAAAGAUCAAAAUUUUAGAACUGCAAACGAAUUGCAAUAUAUCUGUUGUAUAUUACCUUUAAACGAAGAUUCAUCAAAAAUUACCUUUCCCGACUCUUCAUUAAAACUUCAUAAACAGAACAAAAGAUCUGCAAACAAUUAUGUGAACACAGCAUUAGGCCAAAGAAACUUUUUAUUGCAGCGUAAAUAUACAAUACUGUCUAGUAAUAUCAAGAAAAACGAACAAAAAACCAAAAUCACUGAUGAAGAUUAUGAAGAUCCGUAUUGGAACAUAAAGAAUAUACGUCCAAAAAUACCAAAUACAUCAAUUAAACCGGUAAAUUUAAAUAAGGAUUGUCACAUCGAGGAUUACGUGGAAGACUAUAUUGUGGAAUUACCAAAACCUGGGCUUUUUGGUAUAUAUUCGGACCAUAGACGACCUUCAGGGUGGACAGAUCAAAAUAAAAGACCAUCUUAUGGUGAAACUGUCGACGAAUAUGAGUAUGAUGAUGAACCGGGAGGUUAUUCUAGUACUAUAGAUCCGAGACGCGGUAGUACCUCAAAAUUGCCCAAUCGUGGAAGACCAUUAAAAAUGUCAACACCUAAUGAACCCGAAUACAGACCUGAAAGCCAGACAGUCAGUUACACCUCUAAUCCUGAUUUUCAAGUAUUACAAGGAUUCAAGCUUCUUAAUUUAGCCAGAAAUAAAAACAAAUUCUACUUAAAUAAUCCGAGAAAAAGUACGACUGAGAGCUUUGUCGAAAAAAUUAGCGGAGAAUCGUUAAUUAUAGACUCCAACGCGGAUAAUGGUAAUCCAGAUUUUAUAGAGCGGCAGAAAUUCAAGAAUUGUGGAAAGGUGUUAAUUAGUCCAAAGGACUUAAAUGAAAAGCAGAUCGGAAAUGCAGAGAAUGGCUCGCAUCCUUGGCUUGCUUUUGUGGUACGUUCAAAGCAACGACAGGGCAUUUUAUGUUACGCCACUAUUAUUCAUCCCCGAGCUGCCAUUACCACCGCGGAUUGUGUAUAUGGGUACAUAUUUUACCAAACUAGAAUUAAUCCUGGCGAUAUUACAGUAGUUACCGGUGUAUGGGAUUUAAAAGACAGAUCGCAGUCACAAAGCCGCACAACUGCAUCAAUUAUACACCCACAGUACAAAGUUAAUGAUUUAAACCACAAUAUGGCAAUUAUUCAUUGGAACCGACCACUGAGAUUAGGUGUCAAUGUGCAACCUGCUUGUCUCGGAGACGUGAGCACUGGUGAAGAUUGCAAGCUAUAUGGAUGGGGUGGAUAUGAUCAAGCAAUUCAUUCCCGUUCACGAUGGCAAAGGGCCUCGAUCUUGACGACGCAGGAAUGCCGUGCUCGCCUCUCGUCUUUAUCUGAUAAACGACGAGUGAACCUUUCAAAUGAAGUUUUUUGUGCUUCUGUGCAAGCUCGAGGCACUGUGACAGGAAUUGGCGGUCCAUUGAUAUGCAGUGUGGAAGACCGCUAUACACUAGUCGGCGUGGCAGCAUGGCGUGACACGAUCCUUGUAAUGCUACCUGCAUACGAAUGGGCAAUACCAACUUUAGAAACCCUAUAUGAUUAAAACUUACUAGUUUUUAGUUUUAUAAUAAAUACAUAUGAUAUUCAUAUAUAGAUUUUAUAUUAUAAAAGUAAGUUACGCAAUUUACACUAAUAGAUCUUUAUUAGAAACUUAACAAUUUAUUGUUAUACUGAUUUUAUUCAAAUAUGAAGUACAGACUCUACGAGUGAUUAAUUAUUACGAAAUUGAAAGAAAUUUAAAACAGGCGAGAUUUAAAUCCACACCUUAUAUAUAUAGAACACCACUGGCUCGCCAUGGUAUAUAUACCAUGGCGAGUCAGUGGUGUGCUUCUGAUUCACCAGCAGCCCAACUUGGCCUACUGAAUUUCCAUGUGGUCCUGAUCAAUAUCAAUGAAAUGAUCUUAAACGUUAUCAGAAUAACUCAGGCGAACUUAUCCUUUGAUGAGAUAUCUUCCAAUCUACCUUUAGAAUCCGAAAGGAGAAAGUAUAUAUAGUUUGUACAUAAAUCAUAACAUAUAUGGUGUAAAAAUAAUAUGAUAAAUAAUAAAUGUUUAAUAAAAGUCAAGUUUCAUUUUGUAA